UCGCCUCCGUCAUUCGUCCCGGAAAAUUCGAGCUUCUCAGGAAUGGAUAACGGAGACGGGUCCGUCGAGUACGCCUCGUUAUUACCUCUUAAUUCGCAUUCGGACAGCGACUCCAACUUCGGUUUGUCGUCCGAUCCUUUAUCCGGAUUCUCCGACAGAUUUUUCGCUCCGGUUCCUCCUCUGGAAGAGGGUCAUUUUCGCCUGGAAGACGAGGACCCCGAUCGACCGUCCAAACCCAACGAUCCCUUCGCGCCCCAGUGCAAAAUUCCCAUCCCCAGCGGACUGGAUUCGUGCGAGUACUGGUUAGAGCCUACGUUUAUUCGAAGGAGAAACGAGAGAGAGAGGCAGAGGGUGAGGAACGUCAACGACGGUUUCGAGAGGCUGAAGAACCACCUACCUCUAGAAGAGUCGGAAAGGGAAAGAAGAAUGAGCAAAGUGGAGACUCUGAGAUUAGCUAUAGCCUACAUUCGUCAGCUGGAAGACAUGCUGAAGGAGAAUCGACCGCGAUCGGACAACGCGGACGGAUGAAAUGUUUUCCCGAAUGGAGUCCAUUCUUUAACUAUUUUAAGCACUCUCUGGAGGACAACAUCGACACGAGAAAUUCCGGUCGUCCGGAGAAACGCAGGGGGA